AUGUACACAGUAUAUGAUGGUGAAGACCAGCAGCAGCAGCAGCAGCAGCAGCAGCAGCAGCAGCAGCAGCAGCAGCAGCAGGGACAGCAGCAGGGACAGCAGCAGCAGCAGCAGCAGCAGCAGCAGCAGCAGCAGCAGCAGGGACAGCAGCAGGGACAGCAGCAGGGACAGCAGCAGCAGAAGGGACAGGGACAGCAGCAAGAUGCUACGAUGCAAGAAGACGAAGAUACGGUUCAGCAGCAGCAGCAGAAAGCACAACAACAGCAGCAGCAGCAGGAGCAGCAGGAGCAGGAGCAAGUAAAACAACAACAGCAACAACAACAGCAGCAGCAGCAGCAGCAGCAGCAGCAGCAGGGGACUGGCGCACAACAACAGCAGCAGCAGCAGGAGCAGCAGGAGCAGGAGCAAGUAAAACAACAACAGCAACAACAGCAGCAGCAGCAGCAGCAGCAGCAGCAGCAGCAGCAGGGGACUGGAACCCCAGCAGCAGCUGAAGGAGAAGAAGAAGUGAAGCGUUUCUUAGAGGAGAAAGGAAGAAUAAUAAAGGCUGAUGAGUUGCCGGAUUGGGUGUUAGCAGCAGCAGCAGCAGUUGAAGCAGCAGCAGCAGCAGAAGCAGCAGCAGCAGCCGAAGCAGCAGCAGACGCAGAAGCAGCAGCAGCAGCAGCAGCAGCAGCAGCAGCAGAGUCUGAAGGAGGAGGAGAAGUAAACUGGAUGGUGAGGUCAAGAAAAAGAAGAAAUAUAAUAAGACCUAAUUAUGCUGAUGGUGUCAGUGAAAGUUUUUAUAUUCGUUUAGUUGAGAAACUAGAAUAUGGAGACAUCACCGAGGAGGAGUUUCACGCAUCGCUAGCCAGAGCAGCAGACAAACAAGCGACAAAAAGGAGACAAACAAAGACAACAGCUUCUCCUUCUCCUUCUCCUGCUGCUGCUGCUGCUGCUGGUGGUGGUGGUGCUGCUGCUGCUGCUGCUGCUGCAGCACAGGGAACAGCAGCAGCAAAAAAAAAACCACGCAGAGGGAGAUACUCAAAGACUGCAGAUAUAUUGCCUGAGUCAAACACAAACAGCAACGACAACACACAAGACAACGCGUCAGAGCAGCAGCAGCAGCAGCAGCAGCAGCAACAGCAGCAGCAGCAGCAGCAGCAGCAGCAGCAGAGUGCCAGAGAGGAGAUGGAGGUCGAAGACUCCCCCAUAGAACAAAGCCAAGACCCAGAAGUCUCCUCGCAAGCCAACACCAGCAGCUCCAUCGCUAGCUAG